AGCAAGCUAGCGAUUUUGAAGGGCCGAUCGUCCCUGACCGGCGUCCAGGAAUCAUGACGGCUAUCCCUGGGAGACCUCUCUCUUUUUAUUUAAUUUUUUUUAUUAUCUCCCUCCUUUCUUUCCCCCUUCUCUCUUGGUUAUGUAGUCCCCAGGUACCAAUUCGGCGUUACUCUGAUCCGCCUGUGCAGGAAGCGCUCGAACGAAAGGUUCACACUGGUUACUACUGUGCCAUUAGCAUGGCGUCACGACUGCGGACGAAGCACCAGGAAACCCGAUACCUUCUUAGUGCUAAGCGAUCCACUUUACAAGCCCCAUGGGAAUGGAGGAUGCCAGCCUUGGCUCAACGACCUGCCGUGCGGUCCAUGGAACUGGAUUCGGCCAAUGUGAACAAUGCUAGACCUAAUUCAGUGAAGCGCUUAGGGACGUGCAAAGGGCCGGAUAAACAUGGUAGUUACGAUCUCAAUGUUGGCCUCGCCCACGCAGCAGCCAAGUCCGGCGGUACCUGCGUCCAACGCGCUAGACAUUACGAUUGUGUAAUAGGGCGCGUUCAUAGUCAUAGCUACUAGAGAUACUGUACAUUAGUCUGAAACUGCAAUGUCUCGC